AUGCCUAAAGUAAAUGUAAAAUGGUCGGGGAAGUUGUUUGAGGUAGAUGUUGACCAAGAUCUUGAGCCACUGGUUUUCAAGUCCCAGCUUUUUGGUUUGACUGGAGUUUCUCCUGAUCGUCAAAAGGUUAUGGUGAAGGUAGGUGUCACUUGCCAUUGAAGCAUAAUUAUUAGGGGAAGACACUUUCUGACGACAGUUGGAACGGCAUCUCAUUGACUGAGGGAACAAUGUUGAUGUUGUUGGGAAGCACUGGAGCCAUUCCACAGCAAGUUAAGCCGUCCAGCGACGAAAAUCUGAAGCCUGACGGGUCAGUAGACAAGAAAGUCGUUUUGCCAACUGGACUUACCAAUUUAGGCAACACAUGCUACAUGAAUGCCACCUUGCAGAGUUUUUUGGUAACUUAAAUCUUCUGAGAAGCACCUCCAAGUUAUAUUUUAGACUAUCCCUGAACUUUUGAAUGGAGUCAAGCAAUGGGGACCUUCUGGCAGUGAAAAAGCCAGCAACGAAACGUCAAAGUUGUUUACCGGAGCCAUCAGAAAUUUGUUUACGGAGAUGUCUGUCAAAUCUGGAGGUCCCGUUACCCCUUUGGUGCCUCUUCAUGUAAGUUCAGUAUAUUUUAAUUUAAAAAUUUAUUUCUUUUUUAGUUGAUGCAUGCCUUGUAUCCACAAUUUGCGACAAAGAGUGAUCAUGGAGGUUUUCAACAGCAAGAUGCAAACGAAUGUUUUACUGAACUGCUAAGGGAAUUCUCUGGCUGUGCCGAUGUAACUGUGGAUGGCGAGAAGGUACCAGUUAAGAAAUUCUUGGAAGGGGAGUUUGAUGUGACAAUGAAGAACUUGGAGAAUGAAGACGAGCCAAUUUUGAAGUCAAAGGAAAAGUUUUUUCAAGUAAGUGUUUCAGGGAAUGUAAUGAAAAUUGAAUUCUUCUUUCAGUUGAGUUGUUUCCUCUCCCAAGAAGUCAGAUAUGUUCAAUCGGGAAUAAAAUCGAAAAUGACUGAAGAGAUCGAAAAGAAUUCGGAGGCGUUGGGAAGGAACUGUAAGUAUGAAAAGAAUACCCUCAUCUCCAGACUCCCGGCCUAUCUGAGCAUUCAGAUGGUCAGAUUCUUCUACAAGGAAAAGGAUCAAGUAAGUUAUUUACAUUUUUAGUACCUUCUUUUUGAACCGGAGGAAGUGCAAAUUGAUCGACCAUCCUGAUUUCGAAAAUGUCAUUCAUUUUUCGAUCUCUUGUUUCUCUUAAGCAGUAGUGUUAAAUAAUCACUUUUAUCAGACUGUCGGGAAAAUUGUGGCGGGUCGUCGCGCCUUGAAAUUACUCAUAAUCGCAUCGGGGAAUCGACUGUUUCUUGACAAAUCCACUCGGCAGACGUUAUAAAACUUGAUUUUCUGCCACUUUUUGAUAAAAUUUUUUUCGAACUAAAUUUGGAAUAAAACAAAAAAUCGUAUUUUAGAGUGCUGGACAAGUGCUUUUUAUGAUUAGGUUCAGCAUUAUACCGUAGUGUCUCCCGAACCCGGGAAAAAUGGAUCUCGCUGUCCGGAAAGGUCCGCUGUCCAAAAAGGUGUCUUAUCCAUUCAGACACAUUUACGCUUUCUUUCCUUCUUCGAGGUCUUCUCGGUGACCUUUUUUGCCCAACUUUGACGACGCAUAUCUAUGCACUCAAGGGACUGCGCGGAGAUUUCCCCUUUUGGGGGUGAUACUGAGACAUAUUCGAUCAAUUUGCAUUUGUUCCAGUUCAAAAAAUUAUUUACACGUGAAGUGCAUUUCCUUGUUAGAUUAAUGCCAAAAUCCUGAAAGACGUGAAAUUUCCCAUGAUCCUUGAUGUCUUCGAUCUGUGCUCUCCCGAACUUCAAAUCAAGCUGAAACCUCAAAGAGAUGCUUUCAAGGUGAGUGUGGUAAUCAAGACGGAUGUUAAUUUUCGGUUAGGAAUAUGAAGAUAAAGCUGUUGAAAAGAUUCGCACUUCCAAGCUAGGGGAGGACGACAAAAAAGAUGUGGAUGUGAAUGUGAAUGUGAAAUACGCCCCCUCUCACUUUGAAGGCGAUCCUGGAUCGAAUAAUUCUGGCUUCUACCAACUGAAUGCGAUCAUUACCCACAAAGGCAGGAGCAGCAACAGUGGUCAUUACGUUGCCUGGGUCCGGGUCGGAGAGAAGAAAUGGGCCAUGUGUGAUGAUGACGAGGUCCACGAAGUCUCAGAAGAGAAUAUCCAGAAGCUCUCGGGUGGGGGAGAUUGGCAUUGUGCUUAUGUGCUCUUGUAUGGCCCCAGAAAACUGCCUCUUAUCGAAUCUUAA